GCGUGCUUGAUUUUAAUUGUGCGAGCGUGCGUGUGUAAAGAGGGUGAGUGUCACGGCCCUGUGCAGACGGGGGGUUGGGUAGCAGUGCCGAUUGGUUGCUGCUCACCAACACAGUCAGUCUGGGCUUGUUUUAACAUAACCGGGGGCACUUCGACAGCAGGCAAAAAUCAUGUAGUAAAUAAGCUGUUGUUAGGCUUACGGACCGGUUAUGGCACAUUUUAAUUUCGGUGUUGCAGCGUAAUGGAGAUUUACUUGUUAUUUUGUAUUUAGGUUACAGUUUUCAGGGGGCUGAUGAGGCGAUGAAGUGCAGAGAAUGAGAGCUGUGCCUUGGCCUACUGCUAGUGCUGCUGCAGCUGGGAUUGUGCAGAUACGCUUCCACAAACCGAGAAAAACACUCGCUUUGUGCCACAUUAUCAAACAUCCGCUGUUGGUUUCACGUUGGCCGACCUCCAAAUGGAUCUAGCCAUGACAACAUGAAUCAGUCAUACAGACCUGUUGUUAGGGUAGGCUCAGGGUUUGGCUCAGGCCAGCCAGAGCUGAGGCCCCGCAAUGGUCUUGUAGGCACUUCCUAUGGAAACCAAUGCAGUGUGAGACGUGGAUCAGACCAACUGCCAGCCGUGCAGCUGCCAUCCUCCAGCAUCAAACAGCCUGCUGUGCUGGGGUACACCCAGCCAGACCGAUCCCACCGCUACAGCCCGCUGAAGAGGCUGCAGAACCUGAACACUGUGGUCAGCAGGCCGGACCUAGAGAGGGACCUCCGACCGAGGAACAACUUGCACUGUGCAAGCCCCAUCAGUGAUGAUGGCGAUGACGAAUUUGAGGCACCGUCAGUGCAGCUGCCUUCUUCUCCAGGGAUUGAUGAUACGGAGCCCUUUGAGACUAUUCAGGAUGUGAGCAGGAAUGGCUUCUCCCCUCACAGUCCUGACAGCAUGGAGCGAUGUUCUCCCAUUCCAAAUGGCUACCUGCAUUUCGAGUCCACACUGUUUGACAGCAGUGACAUCAAGGAGGAGGAGGAGGAGGAGGAGGAGGAGGAGGAGGGGGAGGAGGAUAGUGGUAGUGAGGACAUGGCACCUUUUUACCACUCCCCAAAGCUGGGUCAGGACCAAACUGUGAGUGACAGUAGGGGCUCAGGGCUGGAUAAAAGAACAUACAAACCUACUGUCUUUAACCUCAUGUCCAAAACUAUAUCUGAACUCAACCCUACACUAAGCCCCAGUGCACUGCCGGAAAUCACUAUGAGGGAUGGGUGGAGCUUGGGUGAGGAAUCAGACAGUGAUGUUGAACUUUCCUCUCCUGUUGACCAUGGACUUAUUUCACCAGCUGGCACCAACUCCAAUUCCAACAGCCCAAAGAAAAAGCUUCUUUCUACUGCGAAAUACGUGGAAGGGGACUUGGUGUGGGCCAAGUUCAACAGGCGGCCCUGGUGGCCCUGCCAAAUCACCUGUGACCAGGGCAUCUGCACCAGGAUGAAAGUUCCCAGUCCUCGUCCUUGCCGGAUGUAUUUCCUGGAGACGAUUGGGGAGACUGAAGAGUCUGCCUGGGUCCCCGGGAGUGCCGUUCUUCCUUUUGAGGGAGGCCAUCAGUUUGAAGGCCUACCUGUGCUUAGACGGAGAGGGAAGCAGAAGGAGAAAGACUACAAGUAUACGAUACCCAAAAGUUUACUGACUGCCUGGAAAGUCAGUGUGACAGAAGCUGAGUCUCUUCUUCCAAAUCGACAAAAGAAUACUGAAAGCGUGCUUUCAAUAUCCGUCAAUGGAGAGGAGCGUGUGCCCAGUCCAUUUGCUACUGAAAAGACACAGGAGGCCUCCGCGGUCUCUGUGGAUUCUGCUCAACCUCCAUCAGCUAAUAUGACCAACAAUGGCAAUGAGCAUGAUCUCAUAAAAAACUCUGCUGCAGUUCAAAACAAUAGGGGCAAAGCUUGUAAGAAGAAAAAGAAAUGUUUGUCAGACAUAUUUGGCCAUAUAGUUGGUGGAUCAAAGGAGUCAUCUUCCAUCACAAACACAGCGGAUCCUUUUCAUACAACAACUCGUGCACUGAAAGAUGAGCCAAAGGACUCACCUUAUGCAGAUCUGAAUUCAGUUCCAGUACUGCAUCGUCCUAAACGCACAGCAGUGUCUCCUAUAAAGGAUGUACACAGAUUGGUCAGGAAAGAACAGGGUUCCACAAAAGAUAAAACAAAGUUGAGUGAAAAAGUGAACCACUCGACAUUAAGAUCUAAAGACAAACAACCUGAACAGAGUUUGGGCAGCUGUAAUGAACUGUUGUACAGUUCAAAUGAAAAGCACUCUAUGAAUCUUCCUGCCAGCAGUCGUCUGAUGACGAGGGCUCUGAAAGCAGAGGAAGAGACAGAUCUCAAAGAUGCACUGGGCACAAACCAAAUCUCAACAGGUGCUCAUGCUGAUGAUUCUCUUGACAAUAUAUCUACUGAUGCAGCCGUCCAAACUGAAAAGUUGGAAUUGCAUAGCAAAGUAUCAUCCUCUGCAAAUCACAGCUUUCCAAAAAGGCGUGCAAGGAAACCUGAUAAGAAACAAAUUCGUAAUGGCUCAUUAAUGAGGUCUAAGUGUUUGGACUCAAGUGAACCCACUGUGCAGCCUGUUGAGGUCAAGAAAGAAAACCCAGAUCUGUCAUUAUCUACUUCCCCGUCCUCGUCUCUGUCUCCAAUGGACGCUUUCCAGGAUGUCAAGGAACUAACAUUUAAAUCUCUUGUGAAGGAGGACAGCAGUGACUCGGAAGGGACUGCAUUUCGGCCUGAUUCCAAUUAUAAAUUCAGUACCUUCCUAAUGCUUCUGAAAGACAUGCAUGAUACCAGAGAACAAGAUGGUACACCCCUAGCUCUCCCUCCAUCACCGGUCCUCAUAAAGGAGGAACCUCUUGUAAUCCCUACUUCUACAGGGGGUGACCCGCUGAAGAGUGAUGGUUUCGCCUUCGGGGUGAAAACGGAGAAUGGGAGGUCCAGGAAAUCCAUAAAAAAUACAGUGGUGAAAACUAAUAGGACUAAAGCUCUCAUGACAGCUGACACCUACCAUUGUGAGGGCUUUCCUGUUCUCUCUCAGACUGGGAACUCGGACAAGCAGCGUAGAAAACAAAGGUUACCUGCCAAACUGAAACUCGCCAUACCUGGACUUUCUUCGGACCUGGCGGACUUGGCUUACGGCAGGGAGUUUGUUAGUGGCCACGCUGAUUUAGCUAAUCCUGGGUCCUGUCCUACUCUCACUACUGAUGCCUUGGCCAGCUACCUCAAUACGAACUCAGGAUCCACAGUGGCUCCAAAGAAGCGCUGGCAGAUGGUUAUGGGGGCCGCUGAGAAUAAGGGUGAAGUUAUGAGUGAGGUGCCUGCAGACCUGAGUGGGUCUUACACCAGAGGAGCGUCACCAGAUCUUGAUCUGGGAGUUGAGAAGAUGGCAGAAAGUGACUGGCACAUCUCAGAGACAAGCAGCUCACCUGGUAAUUCGGAGAACAAGCGUCAACGUAAACCAACUAAAAGGCUCCUCGAGUCAACUGAGGAGUAUGAACAAAUAUUUGUCCCAAAAAAGAAAUCAAAGAAACACAGCUCAGAAUCUUCCAAAACGCAGGCAUCAGGGAUGACAGCACUGCAUGAUCCCAGCACCUCACCGGGAAUAAUUACCUCAGCGGCAUCUUCUGUUGAGCCCUCCGAGGCUCCGGCAGAGCUGGAAGGGAGUCCUUGUCGGGAUGAACUUUCUCCUGUAGCUUCCCCUGCUUCUCCAACCACAUCACAACACCUCCUCGAUGCAGAGACAGCAGAUGAAACUGAUCUACCUCCUGAACUUGACACAGGGUCCUCGGUCCAAGAAAGAAAGCGGCCAAGGAAGCUUUCUCACAAGGUGCUUGACUGUACCAUAGAAGAAGUGUCUGUUGCUCAUACAAAGAAGAAGCCAAAGCAGCAAACUAGAGUUACCUCAGAAGCGAAAGAGUUUGUCAAGAAGACUCAGGUUGGAUCUGUAAAGAGGGAGAAGCCUGUACCCGGCGCAUCCUCGACCCCUGCUGCUGCCAGAAGACACUCGGAGAGCAAAGACCUCCCAGAAGUCCUCAGUCCAAACAGGCCGUCCAGCCCUCGUGGAUCCAAGACCCCAAAGCAGGAGGCUGAGGUGGAGGCCUGCAGCACUGUGGAGAAACAAAACCUACACACUGGAACACUAACUCCCAAAUCUGAGGUGCUCUCUGUCAGCCUCUCUUCUCACGUGGAUGUCAAAGGGAAAAUAGGAGCCACAUCCUUAAAGGAGAAUGUCUGUCAGGUGUGUGAGAGGACGGGAGACCUGCUGGUGUGUGACGGACACUGUUAUGGAGCCUUUCACCCGCAGUGUAUUGGCCUGUCAGUGGCUCCCAAGGGGAAGUUCCUCUGUCGUGAAUGCAAAGCUGGUGUCCAUACCUGCUUUGUGUGUAAGGAGUCUGAUAAUGAAGUAAAGCGCUGCAUGAUAGCAUUGUGUGGGAAGUUCUACCACACAGACUGCAUAAUGGCGUACUCCGCCACCCAGCAACACAACAAAACCUUCCGCUGCUCUCUGCAUGUGUGUCUGUCUUGCCACAUCACCAACCCUCUCAACAUCUGUAGCUCUAAAGGUCGGUUGGCUCGCUGUGUUCGCUGUCCUGUGGCCUAUCAUGCCAAUGACAACUGUAUGGCAGCAGGCAGCUUGGUGCUUGCAAACAACAGCUUCCUAUGUCCAAACCACUUCACCCCCCGCAAGGGUUGCAAGAACCACGAACACAUCAACGUCAGCUGGUGCUUUGUGUGCUCCGAGGGGGGCAGUCUGCUGUGCUGUGAGGCCUGUCCUGCUGCUUUUCAUCAGGAAUGUUUGAAUAUUGAGAUGCCUCAGGGCAGCUGGUUCUGCAAUGACUGCAAAUCUGGAAAGAGGCCUCGUAUUAAGGACAUACUGUGGGUCAAAUGGGGGCGUUACAGGUGGUGGCCUGCAGAGGUCUGUCUGGCCAAAGAUGUCCCGAGCAACAUCUUAAGGAUGAAACAUGAGGUUGGAGAGUUUCCUGUGCAAUUCUUUGGCUCCAAAGACUUUGUGUGGACGUACCAAGCAAGAGUCUUCCCCUACAUGGAGGGUGACACUCAAAACAUAGAGAAAAUGGGAAAGGGCGCAGAUGCAGUGUAUAAAAAUGCGCUGAAUAUUGCAGCGGAGCGCUUCAAAGAGCUCCAGGCAGAGAAGGAGAUGAAGCAACUUCAGGAGGACAGAAAGAACGACAAGAAACCUCCUCCGUACCGGCACAUUAAGGUGAACAAGCUAAUUGGGAAGGUGCAGGUCAUUACUGCCGACCUAUCAGAGAUCCCACGUUGCAACUGUAAGGCGUCGGACGAGAACCCGUGCGGCAUCGACUCGGAGUGCAUUAACCGCAUGCUGAUGUACGAGUGCCACCCUCAGGUGUGUGUGGCAGGGGAGCGCUGUCAGAACCAGACCUUCACAAUGCGCCAGUACACACCCGUGGACAUUUUCAGGACACUGGGGUGCGGCUGGGGAUUGGUCGGUGAAUCGGACAUCAAAAAGGGAGCCUUUGUGAGUGAAUACGUCGGAGAGGUGAUCGAUGAAGAAGAAUGUAGAGCCAGGAUCAAACACGCCCAGGAGAACGACAUCUGUAACUUCUACAUGCUAACACUGGACAAGGACCGGAUCAUUGAUGCGGGGCCCAAAGGGAACCAGGCUCGCUUCAUGAACCACAGUUGCCAGCCAAACUGUGAGACUCAGAAGUGGACUGUGAAUGGAGACACCAGGGUCGGGUUGUUUGCUCUACAAGACAUCCCACAAGGUGUGGAGCUGAAAUUCAACUACAACCUGGAGUGUCUUGGCAAUGGGAAAACUGCCUGUAAAUGUGGAGCAUCAAAUUGCAGCGGUUUCCUAGGUGUCCGUCCUAAGAACCAGCCAUCAGUGGAGAAACUGAAACUAAAGGAAGGUAGAAGGAAGAAGAAGACCAAGCAAGAGGUGACCAAGGAGAGGGAGGACGAGUGCUUCAGCUGUGGGGACGGGGGACAGAUAGUGUCCUGUAAGAAGCCGGGCUGCCCCAAGGUCUAUCACGCAGACUGUCUCAACCUGGCCAAGAGGCCUGCAGGGCGAUGGGAGUGUCCAUGGCACCAGUGUGACGUCUGUGGUAAAGACGCCGCCUCGUUCUGUGAGAUGUGCCCCAGUUCUUACUGUAAGGAGCAUCGUGAAGGCAUGCUCUUCAUCUCCAAGCUGGAUGGCAAGCUGUCCUGCAGUGAACAUGACCCCUGUGGGCCUGACCCCCUGGAGCCGGGGGAGAUUCGUGAAUAUGUGCCCACCAUGAGGCCCGGGGCCACGGCUGUGCCUGGCACCGUGGGCGCAGACUCAGGGGGAGAUAGUUCUGCUCCCAUUACCUCCUCUGAGGGUCCGGCCACAUCGCCUGGGCCUCCUCCACGUCUCUACAUCAACACAAAAACUGCUACCUCCAGCUUCGUCCCCUCCAGCAGGCCGCACCGCAGAGACAGGACUGAAGGGAAAGGGUUUUCCACUCCUACCUCCUCCAAGGACGAGAGGGAGGACGGUGAGGUGGAGGACGGGGAGGUGUGUGGGCUAGAGAUGGAGGAGGUGGACGAGGACGAUGAUGAUGAUGAUGAUGAUGAUGAUGAUGAUGAUGAAGAAGAAGAAGAGGAAGCAGAAGCAGAGGCAGGGGAGGAAGAUGAUGACAUGGAGGAGAUGGAGAUUGUUCAAGACGAGGAGGAUGAGCAGCACUUUGGAGGUGGUCCUCUGGAGGAAGGCGGUGAGGAAGAGGAGGACGAAGGAGGCGAUGUGUAUGACACAUGGGGGGAUUAUGUGGAUGAAGAAGCUGAUGAUGGGGAGGUGGAGGUGGAGGGGGAUGAUGUGGAGGAGUGGGGGAGAGUUGAAGAUGAUGACAAAUGACACCCAAACUCCCAAAAGACCCUCAAAGGACAACAAAACUUAGUAAAAGACUGAGAGUUUGAUAUUUUGGUACCUACUUUGGUGCUGCGUUGCCUUCUCGUCCCCAGACUGCUGGACUCGCGGUGGGGGGGUGUACUGGUGCUACGGUUCGAAGAUUGUCUCCGUCUCUUUAUACUUCUGCCGAUACGUUUCUUUGUGUCUGGUGCUGUUCUGGGGCCGUAUUCACAAAGCAUUUUAUCUUACCGCUAGGAGUGCUCCUAACUCGCGCUAAAACAUUUUACGU